GCUUCUCGUGACACAGUGUUAGUGUUGAACGGUUCGUCCGUUAGAGAAAGGAUGUGAGAAGAGGAGGAUGCUUGCGGUUUCUGUAGCAAGCAUGCGGCUUUGUUAGAUUCUGUGGAUUUUGGACACCGGAUUUACAUGCAAUGUAAUUGUGCUAAAUGGAAUUCGUUUUUCCAUUUUGUGUUUUCUACCGGAUACAUUCUUAUAGCUUGGAAUCGAGUGUUUUCCUGUGCGGCUCCGUUCAUUGGUAAACUAGCGGUUGCAUCAGUCGACUGUCAAUCAAGUCUGGGCUCUCUGCACCUGGUAUUCAUUUAAAUUUGCCGGUGAAUUUUGUGGACAUUGAGUUUUGGAGCAAUCCUUUUUGUUUAGCCUUUGGUAUUUCACUAACCGAGAGUUUAUUGUGCAGCCUUAUUGACAAGGUAAGAUUGUAACCGUAACUCAGGCUACUGUACCCCUAGUUAUAUUAACAUCGGACUGUAUCCCCGGAAAUUUACAACAUUGUAUCUUGACGGCGCAAGGAGGAACUAGCCUACAAGUACACUGUACUCUCGAUUACUGUAUCAGUGGUUGCCAAAGCGUUGUUUGACAGCUGUCUUUGGUAACGCGUUGGACAAUAGGGCUUGCCUGGAGGAGCCAUCUGCCAUUGUUUUCUCCUGUGGAUAGAUCAAAACAUUAACAGAUCGAACAUGUCGCUCAGCAGAAGUAUUGAAUGGGAACACUUUGAGGAACGGGACAAAACGCACCGUUCAUCACGGGCUAACGGCUCGGGAUCCCAGUCAGGUUCCAGAGGCAACGGUCUCGUGCCCAGCCCGGCGCACAGCGCGCACUGUAGCUUUUACCGAACGCGCACGCUCCAGUCGCUCACCUCGGAGAAGAAAGCCAAAAAAGUGCGGUUCUACCGAAAUGGGGACAAAUACUUCAAGGGUUUGGUGUAUGCCGUGUCCAACGACCGUUUUAGGUCCUUAGACGCCCUGCUUAUGGAGCUUACCCGGUCUCUCUCGGACAACGUCAACCUGCCUCAAGGUGUCAGGAGCAUCUACACCGUGGACGGCAGCAAGAAGAUCAGCAGCCUGGACGAGUUAGUGGAGGGUGAGAGCUACGUGUGUGCCUCCAACGAGCCCUACCGCCGAGUGGACUACACCAAGAACGUUAACCCUAACUGGUCAGUGGGCAUCAAGGCCGGCCAGUCCCGUUCCCUGUCCUCCCUCAGCACCCUGGUAAAGGGCGAGCUGCAGCGUAGCGAGGCCAGCCUCGGCACCAGAGACUUCAUUAAGCCAAAGCUGGUGACGGUCAUCCGCAGCGGGGUCAAGCCCAGAAAGGCUGUGAGGAUCCUGCUGAAUAAGAAGACGGCCCACUCCUUCGAACAGGUGCUGACCGACAUCACGGACGCCAUCAAGCUGGACUCCGGGGCGGUCAAACGGCUCUACACACUGGAGGGAAAACAGAUCACCUGUCUCCAGGACUUCUUCGGCGAGGACGACGUGUUCAUCGCGUGCGGCCCAGAGAAGUACCGCUACGCCCAGGAUGACUUCCUGUUGGAUCACAGUGGUAAGGCUUCUGUAGCCUUUGUGACUGAAUGCCGGGUGCUCAAGUCCUCAUACUCUGCUCGCUCGCCGACUCCAACGAGGGCUGCUGGGAGCAAGAGCCCUGGACUCUCACGCCGUAUCAAGUCCCCUGGCAUAGUAAGAAGACCAAUCCAUUACUCCACCAGUAGUCAGUCUCCUGUUAAAUCCCCAGUCAAUGGUGUCCCCAGCAGUACGAUCUCCACCCCCAAGUCCACCAAAUCCAAUAGCUCCUCCCCCACCAGCCCCCGCAGUAUACACAGCUUCAAGAUUCCGCCACAUCACACGUCUGCCUCCAAUGUGAACGGGUCUUCACACAGUCUGGAGCUGGCCUAUAACAUGAGUCCUGAGGUUAACGGCAACAGCUGUAGCUCUAUCACAACCGUCCUGGAUAAGUACAAGGUCGGCAAGGUCAUAGGAGACGGAAACUUUGCAGUGGUGAAAGACUGUGUAGAACGGUCCACUGGGAAGGAGUAUGCACUGAAGAUCAUUGACAAGGCCAAGUGCAGUGGAAAGGAGCACCUGAUAGAGAAUGAGGUGGCAGUGCUGAGGAGAGUCAAACACCCCAACAUUAUCCAGCUGAUAGACGAGGUGGACACACCCACUGAACUCUAUCUGGUCAUGGAGCUGGUCAAGGGUGGCGACCUGUUUGAUGCCAUCACAUCCUCCACUAAGUACACAGAGAGAGAUGCCAGUGUCAUGGUGUUUAACCUGGCUGGAGCCCUGAAGUACCUCCACAGCAUGAACAUAGUACACAGAGACAUCAAGCCUGAGAACCUGCUGGUGUGUGAGUACCUUGACGGCACUAAGUCUCUGAAGCUGGGGGACUUUGGUCUGGCCACUGUGGUUGAGGGGCCCCUGCACACCGUGUGUGGAACCCCCACCUAUGUGGCCCCUGAGAUCAUCGCUGAGGCUGGUUAUGGUCUGAAGGUGGAUAUCUGGGCAACUGGAGUCAUCACUUACAUCCUGCUGUGUGGCUUCCCUCCCUUCCGCAGUGAGGACAACCUUCAAGAGGACCUGUUUGACCAGAUCCUGGUGGGACGACUGGACUUCCCUGCUCCCUACUGGGACAACGUCACUGACUCAGCCAAGGAGCUGAUUGGGCGGAUGCUGCAGGUGAACGUGGAGGCUCGCUACACGGCACAGGACAUCCUCUCUCAUCCCUGGGUCACGGAUGACAACAUGGAGAACAACAUGAAGAUGGAGGUGUCAGGUAAACUGAGGACACACUUCAACACAGCACCAAAGCCCGGCACAACCACAGCAGGAGUGUCAGUCAUCAUGAACACAGCUCUAGAUAAGAAGAGGAUCCAGCUGACUCGUCGCAGCCAGAGGCCCACAGCACCACCUCCGCCCCCACCACCGCCUGGGAAGAAAGUAGUCCCUCCUGCAGCCAUGCCAGUCAAGCAAGCCUCACCAGUCUCACCCAACACCAAGCUGCCAGUACCCACCAAGCUGGCAUCACCCACCAAGCUGCCAGUACCCACCAAGCUGGCAUCACCCACCAAGCCUGCCCUGCCAGAGGAACCCAAGAGUCCUCAGACUGAUGUGCCUGUCCCUGUAUCCCUUCCCAUCUCUCCUUCAACACCUACCAGACCUGGUACCUCUCCCUCUGUCCCUGUCUCUCCUUCCUCUCCUACCAAGCCUAACGUCUCUAUCUAUCCUACCUCCCCUACCAGGCCCAACAACUCUCCCUCUCCUUCCUCUCCUACUAAACCUGUUAUCUCUCCCUCUCCUUCCUCACCUACCAAACCUGUUAUCUCUCCCUCUUCACCUACCAAACCUGUUAUCUCUCCCUCUCCUUCCUCUCCCUCUUCACCUACCAAACCUGUUAUCUCUCCCUCUUCACCCACCAAACCUGUUAUCUCGCCCUCUCCUUCCUCUCCCUCUUCACCUACCAAACCUGUUAUCUCUCCCUCUUCACCUACCAAACCUGUUAUCUCUCCCUCUCCUUCCUCUCCACCUACCAAACUCCAAAUGUCCCCUUCUCUUUCCUCUCCAACCAAGCUCCAUGUCUGUGCCUUCCCUGGGGCCUCUCAUAUGCCUGUUACUUGCCCCUCUCCCUCCUCUCCUCCCUUUCUUUUUACCUCCCUCUCUCCUCCUGCCCCUCUCUCUCCCUCCUCUCCUCCCUCUCUUUUUACCUCCCCCUCUCCUCCUGCCCCUCUCUCUCCCUCCUCUCCUCCCUCUCUUUUUACCUGCCCCUCUCCCUCCGACCCUCUGUCUCCCUCUGCCUUUCCCAACCCUCCCUCACCCCUGACCUGCACCUCUCCCUCCCCUCCAUCACCUGUUACCUGCUCCUCCCCAACCGUGGCCCCACCCCUGGUGGGCCUUGAUGUUGAAGCUGCUGCUACUGCCAGAGAGCUGUGAGAAAGAAUGAUGGAUGAGAAGACUGGCUGCUGGACCUCCACCCGCCGUAUCCCCAGACCUAUGAUUCGCAUGUAGGGGGCUAGAUACAGAUAGAAUCUCCACCUCCAUCCCCAGUAACAGUAUAACAGCUGAUAUCCACUGCUGUAUCGUUCCUAGGAUCCCAAGCAACAAAUGGCAAAAAAAAAGCAAAAUGGCUCCUACAACCUACAGUACAAUCUCUGUAGAGAACCCAUCAUAUCCACGCUCCAAGAGGGAAGUUGAGGGGUUUUGUACAUUUUGGUUGAUUUGUAUAUACGGUAUGUGUGUAUUUAUAUAUGAGCGAUGUGGAGAAAACAGAGCGAGGCCUGGCUAGUUAGGGUCUGUGUGGUUUCAGAUGGGUUUUCUGGAAUGACUUCUGAUAAUGUUUUAUUUAUUGUCUGUGGUUGGUUGGUAGGCACGCACACAUGUUGAUUAUGGGUAGAAGUGUAUUAUUUGGCGUGCUUGCCGUCUGUUGUAAGAUAAACUACUACUGUAGAUGUAUAUAGUAUUGUAUGACAAACACAUGAGGCAUCCGAAUGAAAGUUGAAAGUUUGAGUUUGUUUUCUUCUCUUGCCUGUAAGCCUGUUUAUCAUUGGUCCGCUAGUGUUUAACUGCUGAACACCAAAAGAGAGACGCAACAGAGUAGAAGAUGAACGUGUCAAUGAUGAGAGGUGUGCCUGUGAAAAUAGCUGCCAGAUCAGGGGUGUGUUCAGGGUGGCAGGUAGCCUAGCGUUUAAGAGCGUUUGGCCAGUAACCAAAAGGUCACUGGUUCAAAUCCCCUAGCCAACUAGGUGACAAAUCUGUCAAUGUGCCCUUGAGUAAGGCACUUAACCCUAAUUGCUUCUGUAAGUCGCUCUGGAUAAGAGUGUCUGCUAAAAUGUAAAUGUUCAUCAGGCACAAAACAGACAAACAGCCUAGCGUUUCUUACAGGACAUGUCCUGUAAGAAACGCUCAUUUCACCCUCCGUUGCAAAACGUUUUUCAUUGUGUGCCCUAAUGAACCUGACCCAGUAGUUAGAGAUUCCUUUUCUGAAACCAGCUGUCAGGAAACACUGGGAGCUCUAUCCCCUCAUAGACUAAUUUAUCAGUCCAGAUUUACCUGAUACUAAUGUGAGGCUGUUCCACUUUGCUGUUGUCUUUGUCUGUAAUGGUAAUGCACUUGUUUUAAAGUCCAUGGUUAAGUCCCAAAUCACACCCUAUUCCCUAUAUAGUGCACUACUUUUGAGCAGGGCCCAUAGGGUAGUGCACUAUGUAGGGGUAUAGGGUACUAUUUGGGAUGUAGACCGUAUCUCCUUACCUAGCCUACUGCAGUUGGUUAGGGUUUAACCCUUCGGAUAUUGAUAAUGGCUCCGAUGCACAGCACUACUACUCCAAGGGGAUUUAGUUGCAUGUUAUGUUACUCCCUCUGCCUCCCCACAAAACUGGUCUCACUCACUCACUCACUCACACACACACACACACACACACACACACACACACACACACACACACACACACACACACACACACACACACACACACACACACACACACACACACACACACACACACACACACACACACACACACACACACACACGUCAAGCUGGUACUAUUGUACGUAUAGUAGCUGUUCUGUUGUGUAAUGUUUAGUCAAACUACACUGUCAUCAUCAUAAUGCUAUUUUAUUGCAGUUUUAGUCUGGAUACGUGUAUGAAAAAUACAUUUCAAACAGGAAAAACACUCCUGUCAGCUUUGGCCAGCAGUUUUAGUUUGUGCAGACAUUUAGCCACUAUGUGACUCCUUUAUCAUUUUAUAUUAGGAGCACAUCGGAGAACUUCAAACACAAUAAAAAGUAUUCAAAUCAG